UUUAAUUCAAGUAUUUACUUUUAUGGAGUCACUUCUUACCUUGUUCACUUUCUCAUCUAGGAUGUUUGUAAUUCCGGGCAGCAGUACUACUUCCCACAGUGUGAGAAAGACCAUGGCAACUUGGCAGGACUGCUACCUGCUUAGUUCCCAAAAUGAAGACAUCUGCCAGAACAUUCAGGUUUCCAGCCUGUGAUGCUCCAGCAGAUUCAUAUUACAAAAGAGACAAUUCUGGACACGACAAAGGAAAUUUAGGGAAAUAUCCCUACCUAUCAAGAGAAGAGAUCUGAACAGCUUCAGAGAGAAACCAUGCGUUCCAGAAGUAACAGUGCAGAAAGCCCAACCAGACCAAAGCCGUGCCAACAAAGGCCAAAAGGACACCAUAAAGAAGAGACAGGUUACAGUGGGAAAGGGAAUGUGCAAAGAAGGCCAAAGGAGAAGGAUGAUGUGCCCCAAGCCAGCACCGUCAUAAGAAGCCCCAAGGCUGAGAAAAAGCAAAGAAGUUCUUUCAAGAAAAGAGAGGACCUCUCUCGUGAUGACCUGCUAUUUCUUCUUAGUGUCCUUGAGGGUGAAUUACAGGCUCAAGAUGAAGUUAUAGGAAUACUUAAGGCUGAAAAAAUUGACUUGGCUUUGCUUGAAGCACAAUAUGGCUUUGUUACUCCCAAGAAGGUGUUGGAGGCCCUCCAACGAGAUGCUAUUCAAACAAAGGCUGAGCAAUGGCAAGAAGACAUCUAUGAAAAGCCUAUGGGAGAGCUUGAUAAAGUUGUAGAGAAACAGAAGGAAACUCACAGACGAAUGCUGGAGCAACUUCUAAUGGUGGAAAAGUCACACAGACAGACACUGUAUGAACUAGAGGAAGAGAAGAGGAAGCACAGUGAAUACAUGGAGAAAAGCGAUGAGUUUAUAAGCUUACUGGAAAAAGAACGUGAAAGGUAAGGUUACCACUUGCCAUAGUACUGAAAAAUACUUAUGAUUUAAUAUAAUGCAUACGGAUCUGUCCACUUUCUGCAUCUACUAAAAAUCAGGAAUAUUUGCAGAGUCGUAUUUUGAGAGUUCAGCUAUAAAAACAUUAUGAAUUAUUCCUAAAUAACAGUGGUGUAGGUCAGUGUGUUGGUACAUUCUUCAGCUCCAUUCGACAGCAACAACUAUGUACAAUACAGGGAGCCGAGGGAGAUGCACAAAUGUGUUAAAAGUUACAACCACAUAAAGCAGGUGGGUCUUUCAGCAUGUUUAAGAUGUUCAGUGUUCACAAUGGGAUGUAAGUUAGAGAAUAUGAAAUCCAGUGUGCAGGCUACAAUGGCAGAAGAGAGACAUGAGGAAAAAUAGAAGGUGUUUGGACAAAUCAGAGAAGCACAGAAAGAGGACGCAAAGGCAAAAGGUAGUUUGUAGAAAACUUUGAAAAUAAGUUCCUCUAUCAGGACUGGCAUAAAAACCAUAACCAAAAAUCGCAACAGCUUGUUUAAGCAUAAUGUGAGGGUUUCGACACCAAUUCUCAGGAUUCAGAAGAAUUUAAUGUCAUUUACUGUCUUUUAAA